AUGAAGAUCUGCUGCUGCCGCUGCUGCUGUUGCUGCUGCUGCUGCUGCUCCAGCAAAGGCAGCAGCAGCAGCAGCAACUGCAGCGGUAGCAGCAAAAGCAGCAGCAGCAGCGAUGCUAGUAGAAACCACGCCAUACAAACAAGCAAACAACACAGACCACCGCACCACAAGCAGCAGCAGCAGCAACAACUGCAACAGCAACAGCAGCAGCAACACAAGCAGCAAACACCACCAAAGCACAAAACGCAACAGCAGCAGCACCAAAACCAGCAGCAACAACAGCAACUGCAACAGCACCAGCAGCAGCAGCAGCAACAGCAGCAGCAGCAGCAGCAACAGCAACAGCAACAGCAGCAGCAGCAGCAGCAGCAGCACCUUGCCGACGAGUCUGCCUAUGGCUAG